AUAAUGGGUAAAUCAUGCUUUUCAAUUCAGUUGAUUAUAAUUUUCAACAGGCAUUAACAUUCAAAAUGUCACCACCUGUCAUUUGUUACAGAUGUCGAAUUCUGAACUCUUCCACCAAACGCCAUUCAAAAAAUUGGAGACCAUAACAAUAUGUCAACACUUGCAUUGGUGACAUAAAAAUGUAUAUUUCCCCCCUCACAUGACUUAUUAAAAAUGAAAUCAAAUAUCAUUCUUGAUCAUUUGGAAAAGAUGAUGCACUUUUCUUUAAAACUAAAAAGGGGACAUGUAUGUUAUUGCCAUUAUUUCUUUCGAUGGCCUAUAUUAGACCUGGGAUAAUCAAAUGACCUGAUGGCAUUGGGGUUAGCAUCACCAGGUUAAUAUUCAUAAGUGUUUAUUUGAAAUUUAUCUCAGUAAUAAAUCACAACAGAUUAAGAUUUGCAAAUUAUUAAUUUUACUGCAAGAGAAUGAUGUGAGGGGGGGGGGUGAAAAGCUUACUUCUAAACCAUAAAAAAUUACUGAAAAUGAUUGAGCUAAUAAAGGAAUUUAAAUCUUUCUUAGUAGUAGUUCCUACAAGUAACUCACUCCAUAUACAGUUUAUGAUCCCAAGCAGAAAUUUGGUAUAUGUUAUAAUUUAGAAGGGGGGGGGGGGGUCAUAAAGGCUACAUUGUAUACUCGCGGUAGAUGUCAAAGUGACAGUAUGCCUUGGCAAAUUUUACAAUUAAACGUCAAAUAUGACAUCAUACGAUGACAUGAACAAGGCAUAACAUGACAAAAUGUCGUCCUUUUUAAGUUAUUGCAAACUGUUACAGAUGACAAACUCUGAAUGCUGAACUCUGAUGGCCGAACACGGAUUUCAACACUUUUAUGGUCUUUAUGGUCUUCCACUUUGGAUUGUGCUUCAUGAUACAGAAUAAAGUAUUUACCAUCAUAUUCUGUAGUGUAUAAAGCACUACUGUAUAAAACAGUAGAGUGAUAGAGAGACUUUCUAACUGCAUUUAUUUAUGUCACAUGACAAGUGAAUUCUAACGAGUGGCAGCUUUCAAUUAAAAAGUGAAACAAGAAAUGAAGAAAUGACUUCAUCUUGGAGUUUAUACCAUAUUACUGUCUUUGUGCUGACAUUUGUGUCAUAUGCAUUCUUCCAUGCAACAAGGAAGACAUUUAGCAAUGUAAAGGCGACCAUUUCCCAAGAGUGGACCCCUGCCCCAGAUCUUCUCUAUAACGACACGUUCCACAAUGGAACAAUUCACCAGCGGACAUUACCAGAUAAGAUAUGGAACAGUCAUAAUUUCUAUGACAACAAAAACGAUGCAGAAUAUUUUCUUGGAGACCUUGAUACAGCUUUCCUGAUUGCAUACGCAGUGGGCCUCUUCAUCAGUGGUAUUGUAGGUGACAGACUCAAUAUGAGGCUGGUGCUGUCAUUUGGCAUGUGCUCAUCCGCUGUUGCGGUAUUUUUGUUUGGUACACUGAGUGAGUGGCUCCACCUAUACAGUAAGGAGUACUACCUAGCUAUGUGGAUAGUCAAUGGGCUACUCCAGAGUACAGGGUGGCCAACUGUUGUAGCAAUAAUGGCUAACUGGUUUGGGAAGUCAAGUCGUGGUGUGGUGCUAGGUCUCUGGAGUGCAUGUGCCUCAGUGGGCAAUAUCAUAGGGGCCUUCAUUGUGGCUGGAGUUCUACAAUACGGAUAUGAGUAUGCCUUCCUGGUCCCUUCAAUUGUGUUGUUUGCUGGAGGAAUUGUAGUGUUCUUUGGGCUGGUGGCAUCGCCUAAAGAGGUGGGACUCCCGGAGCCAGACGAAAAUGUCAUUGUAACGAAUAAUAUCAUCAACCAAUCGGGUCAACCAACUGAAAGAGAUCCUCUGCUGCAAGGUAGUAGGAGGAAUGAGUCCAUAACAGAAGUUGACGAGGUGUCCAAUGAACCAGAAACAAGCCCAGAACCAAAGGCUAUUGGAUUCUUCCAAGCCUUUUUACUACCUGGAGUCAUUUUGUAUUCAUCCUCCUACGCAUGCCUCAAGAUGGUGAACUAUGCCUUCUUCUUCUGGCUCCCCUAUUAUCUCACCAACCAAUUCGGCUGGAGUCAAGCCAGGAGUGACGAGCUCUCUAUAUGGUAUGACGUAGGGGGCAUAGUCGGAGGGACUAUAGGAGGUUUUGUAUCAGAUAGGAUGACAAAGCGUAGUCCAACAGUUAUGUUCAUGCUGCUUCUCUCAAUUCCACUCCUGUACUUCUAUAGUAUAUCUCCUAAUGACAAGACAAUCAAUGCAUUCCUCAUGUCCCUGGUUGGGUUUGGGCUAGGUGGCGCUGCCAACAUCAUUAGUUCUGCCAUCACUGCAGAUUUAGGCAAGCAAGAUUCACUUCGUGGGAAUACCAAGGCCCUAGCUACUGUUACUGGGAUAGUAGAUGGUACAGGGAGCGUAGGGGCGGCUAUAGGACAGUUCCUUGUACCUAUCAUACAACUCAGACUCAACUGGCACUGGGUCUUUUACUUCUUCAUUUUAAUGACAAUUUUAACAAUGGCUUGCAUCUUACCACUGUUUAUCGCUGAUAUCCGCUCAAUGUCUUGCUGGCGUAGACGAUACGGAACACCCAGAUUACAAGUGAACAUAGAUGGCAGCACUUAUGAUUAUGUAUCAGACCAUAGAUCAGAUCAGUAUGGUAGCCCUUCAGUGCAGUAGAGGGGAGGGGGUUAAUCGCACACUCCCCUCGGCUGAUCUCACCAGACUACCCAAGGGGCCCACUAUGAAUACUACUUAUACCCCAAGGGCAUUGUGCAAGAUACAUAACAUUAUACUGUGAUUCUGUGGGUACUGUAUUCAUCUUUAGUUUGGCGCUUCUUAAUUUGGUGAUCUCUGGGAUAAUGGACAUAUUGGUGUCUAUUUAAUUUGGCUGAUUUUCAAGGGGAUAAAUCUCAUAUCUAAUUUUUGUAAGAACCUCUGUCCUGACUAUGACAUUGUGUAACUUUAUUUAAUGCCACAGCAUUAGCCAACCUGUUCUCCUGUUAACCCAAUUCAAGAUUCUCAUUGUCAGUGUUGUUGAUAAACAAUAUCUUCGAAUAUUUCUAAAUUUUAAAGGCCCCAGCCAUCUUGGUAUAUUUAUGAUAACUGGAAAAAUCACAAAAUUAAAACACCAACUAAAGACAAAUACA